UCUUUCUUUCCCUCAUGCUCCUGCAGCAAGAGAGUGGUGAAGUAGUGGGGAGAAGUUAUUCGUGGAGAAUUCAGAAAUUUAGUCAUAGCUACAUUUGAUAUUUGUACAGUGUAAUCGCUAAAGCGAAUAUUUUAUAGCUAUGACUAAUGAAGAAAUCAAAGGGGCUGCGGCGGAGGAGGACCAGCAGGCCCAGUCGAAGAAAGCGCUGAAGAAACAGCAGAAGGAGGCGGAGAAAGCGGCCAAGAAGGCCGAGAAGCAGGCCAAGCUGGCAGCAGAACAGCAUGGUGUGGAUGAGGAGGAUUUUGCCCAGGACCGGUAUGGCAUUCCACCAAUGGUCCAGUCCCAAGAUAAUCUUGACAGGGUGUUGGUGCGUGUCCAGGAACUGACUCCUCAAAAGGCAGAGCAGCUGAUCUGGGUGCGAGCCAGAGUUCACACCAGCAGGGCUAAAGGAAAGCAGUGCUUUCUGGUCCUGCGUCAGCAGCAGUUCAACGUGCAGGGCCUGGUUGCCGUCGGCGACCGUGCGAGCAAGCAGAUGGUCAAGUUCGCCGCCAACAUCCCCAAGGAAAGCAUCGUGGAUGUGGAGGGCGUGGUGAGGAAGGUGGAGCAGAAGAUAGAGAGCUGUUCCCAGCAGGACGUGGAGCUGCACAUUGAAAGGAUUUUUGUGGUCAGCCAGGCCGAGCCUCGCCUGCCCCUGCAGCUUGAGGACGCCGUCCGCCCGGAAGGGGAGGGAGACGAGGAGGGAAGAGCCACUGUCAAUCAAGACACCAGGCUGGACAACCGCGUGAUCGAUCUCAGGACAACAACCAGCCAGGCCGUCUUUCGCCUGCAGUCCGGAGUCUGUCAGCUGUUCAGAGACACUCUCACCAACAAGGGCUUUGUGGAAAUACAGACCCCUAAAAUCAUUUCUGCGGCCAGCGAAGGGGGGGCGAAUGUCUUCACCGUCUCCUACUUCAAAACCAGCGCCUACCUGGCCCAGUCUCCCCAGCUGUACAAGCAGAUGUGCAUCUGCGCAGAUUUCGACAAAGUGUUCUGCGUGGGUCCAGUGUUCAGAGCGGAGGACUCCAACACGCACCGGCACCUGACGGAGUUUGUGGGUCUGGAUAUCGAGAUGGCGUUCAACUACCAUUACCACGAAGUGAUCGAGUCCAUCACCGACACCAUGGUCCAGAUCUUUAAGGGGCUCAGAGACAGGUUCCAGACGGAGAUCCAGACGGUGAAUAAGCAGUUCCCCAGCGAGCCCUUUAAGUUCCUGGAGCCCACCCUGAGGCUGGAGUACACAGAGGGCGUGGCCAUGCUGCGCGCGGCCGGGGUGGAGAUGGGCGACGAGGACGACCUCAGCACACCCAACGAGAAGCUUCUGGGUCGUCUCGUCAAAGAAAAGUACGACACAGACUUCUACGUGCUGGACAAGUAUCCUCUGGCAGUGAGGCCGUUCUACACCAUGCCUGACCCAAUCAACCCCAGGUACUCCAACUCCUACGACAUGUUCAUGAGAGGGGAGGAGAUCCUGUCCGGAGCUCAGAGAGUCCACGACGCCCAGCUGCUCACCGAGAGGGCUGUGUACCACAACAUCGACCUGGAGAAGAUCAAGGGUUACAUCGACUCCUUCCGAUACGGGGCCCCGCCCCACGGCGGCGGGGGCAUCGGACUGGAGAGAGUGACCAUGCUGUACCUGGGGCUCCACAACGUGCGCCAGACAUCCAUGUUCCCCCGUGACCCCAAACGCCUGACCCCCUGAGCCCCCUGGGAAACUCCCAGGGCAGGGCCGCUCACAGACACUGCCUGGAAAACCACCGUCCUCCUGACAGCAAGCCAAGAAAACUCAAGUGCCACACUCAUCCACAAACGUUAAUGUAACCGUCUAAUUCUAGCUCGAAAUUAAGAUAAUAUAAGUCAGACAUAGGAAGUUGGUGUAAUAAUUAAUAUAUUAUUUAAGGUUCCUAGAGAAUCUAUUCAAGGGCAAAAUUCGGUAACUGAAAGGUAUUAAGGGUCUUAAUCUAUAGUGAUGCAGACGUGUAAAAAUGAGCUCUUGUUUGUAUCUAACAUCUGAUUUCAGACAUCAUCCACUUGAUUACUGGUGUUGCACUAGAGGGAUUUGCUUGUGUAAUUAAGAACAACCCGUCUAAUGACCCCAUAGCAAUAGUUGUUCUUUUUUACUAAUUUGGAGAAAAAAAAAUCAUUAAGGGAAUAAAAGUAUUUCAGAUUCA